UGUUGGGAUGCAAUGAAUAAAGAUCGGGUGAGACUCCCCUCCUCCCUUACUCAGCCUCUCUCUUUCCUCCUCCUCCGCCAUGCAUGUGAUGACGGCCAGACUGACUGGAUCACCGGAGCGAUGGAUUUUAGUCACUUUCACCAGCAACAAAACGGAAACAGCAGCAGCACUGACGUAAACCAUCCGCCACGGAACCGGAGCAGCGGGACGCACAGAACAAACGGGACGCGGACCUGGGCCAAUAUCUUUUUCCAGUAUUUCCACUGAAAACCACAGGAUGGAAAUAGACUCUCAGAAUGGAGUAAGGAUGUCGACGGAAUAUUAUACCGCCUUCAGACUUUAAAUUUCAACCCAUUUCUGGGAAACUGUGCCAGCACCAUCGCAAAUUGAGAUGCGUUUAGACAGGAGAGUUCUGUUCGAACUUGCUGCAGGGUGCCGCAUUGCCUGACUGCUUAAUGUAGGAUAGUGACAUGUUUUCGUUGUAAUUGUAGACAUAAUAGUAUAUAGGGGUGGGGGUGGAUGGUAUAGCGGCUGUUUGGUGAGGUUGGGCUACCAAGACAACCGACAGGCUGGAAGCAAUUGGAAGCUGAGCCUGUGAUAGCAUGUUGCUUGGAGAGUCAGUUUAAAAAAAUCAACAAAGGUUGUUGUUAGAUUUGCUAGGGAGAACAAAAUUAUCAGAAUGCCGACGGACGAGUGGAAAGUUCAAGUCAAAUGCUACAUACAGGUGGAAUGGCGCUGCCCUGAAAGUGAAUAAGAGCUUGGGUAGCACCGAGCAUCGCAGGCCCCCGAAUACCGGUUGUCAUUAGAAAUCUUCAAAGGAACUCUAAAGAUCUAGAGCAGGCUACUCUGCGUGACGCAGUCAUAGUUGACGGCUUCCUCUUCGGUAGCAUUUUUAUCGUUACCAUUUUACCUCCCAUUUGUGUUCUUUUGGUUGUAGCAGUUGUUACAGGAACGAUGACUCACUUGCAGGCUGGCUUGUCCCCAGAAACCCUGGAGAAAGCCAAGGUGGAGCUGAAAGAGAAUCCAGACACUCUCCACCAGGACAUACAGGAAGUAAGGGACAUGAUCAUCACUCGUCCAGAUAUUGGCUUCCUCAGGACAGAUGAUCCUUUUAUCCUACGGUUUCUCAGAGCACGGAAGUUUAACCAUUUUGAGGCGUUUCGGUUGUUGGCUCAGUACUUUGAGUACCGGCAGCAGAACUUGGAUAUGUUUAAAAACCUCAAACCGACCGACCCAGGCAUCAAGCAGGCUCUCAAAGACGGGUUUCCAGGAGUGUUAUCGAACUUGGACAGAUUCGGAAGAAAAAUACUCGUUUUGUUCGCGGCGAAUUGGGACCAGAGCAGGUACACAUUUGUGGACAUCCUGAGAGCCAUCCUGCUGUCCCUGGAGUCCAUGAUAGAGGACCCAGAGCUGCAGGUCAACGGCUUCGUCCUGAUCAUUGACUGGAGCAACUUCACCUUCAAACAGGCCUCCAAGCUCACCCCCAGUAUGCUGAGGUUGGCCAUAGAGGGACUACAGGACAGCUUCCCAGCCAGGUUCGGUGGCAUCCAUUUUGUGAACCAGCCGUGGUACAUCCAUGCCCUGUACACUGUCAUACGACCCUUCCUCAAGGACAAGACGAGAAAACGGAUCUUCAUGCAUGGAAACAACCUGAACAGCCUCCACCAGCUCAUCCACCCUGAGAUCCUGCCCUCGGAGUUGGGGGGCAUGCUGCCUCCCUAUGACAUGGGCACGUGGGCACGCACACUGCUGGAGCAUGCCUACGACGAGGACACAGACUACUGCCCCGAGUCCUACACCCUGUCAGCCCAGGACCUGGAGAGAGACCUGGAGAAGGACCUCUCCCCCAAGACCAUGAAGAGGUCUCAGUCGGUGGUAGAACCAGGAGUUCUGAAGCGACCAGACAAGGUCAAGAGUGAAGAGGAAAACAUGCAGCCUCUGCUGUCUCUGGACUGAAUGGCUCCCAUACACACAUAAACACACACACACAUACCCACAUACAGUAGAUGCAUACCCACAUAUAUGCAUACACACACACACACGCGCGCACACUCUGAAAAUAUUUGCCCUCAGACUGUGAUUAGAGGGCACUGUGAAGGCAAGCACUAUCAGACACCUCAAAGACAAAAACAUGGAGGGGGAGAGGCGGGAAACCUGGAUAAAGGAGCUGGAGAGAGCGGCCAUCUUGACAAGACUGCAUUUUCCAGAUCAGAGGAGAUUAAAGAACAGCAACAGUACACUCUGAGGUCAUCCGUUAUGUCAUUAUUAUUGUCAAGUGCCAAUUCUGAACUGUACAGUUAUUACUCUUUUAUUGUGAAGUCCUCAAAAGAGGACAAGUUGGGGGAGGGUCACCUCUAAUGGGAGUUGCGGAUGUUCUGCUACUCGUGAAGUGUGUCUGUGCAGGGAGAGACGGAGUAGCACACAACUGGGAGGUACAGGAGGUAAAUAGAGGAAAUUCUACUUCAUUGGGACUGGAUAUUGUUUGGCUGGGGGGGGGG